CAAAGGUGUUUUAUAUAUUUCUAUAGUAACACUUUAAUUUAAUAUCUAUUUCUUAUUUCCGCGCAGAGUAAACAAGACCUAGAUGUAUAUUGUUUCUACCCUCUGUUUAUUUUUAAUGAGUAAAAUUGUGAACUAUUGGAAAUCGAUCGGUCCGGAUUUGUUUAUAUACUUAUGCAUUUUGACUGUGUCAUUUUUAUGGACUCACUGGAUAUUUUUUGUUCCUUUUGUAUGGAAAAAGAAACUGGACGAUGACAAAUGUUCAUUUUUAAGAAAACCAGAGAAUGACACUCGUGCUCAUCAUAAACGUGAAACGAUUAACCGGUGGCGAAAAGUUAGUAAUCAAAAUGCAAUUGAAUUGCCUCCCCCUUAUCCAAACGGUUGGUAUGGUAUCCUCGAAUCAUGCCAACUAGGCGCAGGAGAGGCUACAUAUAUUUCAUGUUUGGGAGAAGAGCUAGUCAUUUUUCGCACUCAAAAACAAAAAGUUUUUAUUCUGGAUGCAUAUUGCCCUCAUCUAGGAGCCAACUUGGGUAUUGGUGGUAGGGUUAUUGACGACUGUGUUGUAUGUCCGUUUCAUCAAUGGAGCUUCCGAGGCUCAGAUGGAAUAUGCACAAAUAUCCCGUACAGCUCUUCAGUUCCAAAAGGGUCAAAUGUAAAAAAGUGGAUUUCGCAAGAAAUUAAUGGAUUUAUAUUUAUAUGGUAUCAUACUGACCCAACAGAAAUACCGUGGAAACUUCCUUUAUCUAUGGAAGAGCUUAAAGAAAAAUUUGUUUACCAUGGACAUAAUGAAUUUUACAUCAAUUGUCAUAUUCAAGAAAUACCGGAAAAUGGUGCUGAUACUGCGCACUUUAAUGCUAUACAUAAAGAAAGCUUUAUUAAUGGCAGUGGAGCUAAAAAACAUUGUUUAUCUCUCCGAUAUGGAUGUCAUCACUGGAAAGCGAGGUGGUGCCCAACUCCAGGAAAACAAAAGCAUUUAGCUGAAGUUUAUCUGAACCAUACAUUGGAACUAUUUGGAAAGUUUUAUUGUUUUCGGAUGGACGUCUUUGGCAAACAAAUCGGGCCGUCGUACGUAUGUCUCGAAAUUAAUUCACUUAUAUUUGGAAAGCUCAAAAUUUUUCAAUAUAUUACCCCUAUUGAGGCCUUAUUGCAAAAAGUUGUACAUCAAUUUUAUGGUCCCCGUUGGAUAGGACCACUUAUGAAAAUCUUCAUUUAUGGGGAAAGUCUCAUGUUUGAACGCGAUAUAAAUAUAUGGAAUCAUAAAGUAUUUCAUCGGAAUCCUAUCUUAGCUAAAGAAGAUGCUUCAAUAAAGAAGUUUAGAGCAUGGUUCUCCCAAUUCUACACAUCCAACAGCAAAUCAUAUUCUGAAGCUGUCAACUUUGGCUGGUAGUUGACAAAUUUUG